AUGACUCAACCGUUCCAAAUCGCGUCGGCCACUUCAAAAGUGCGCAUCCGUAGAGAAACUGGCUCAGGUUCUGCCAGCAUCAGCGCUAGAGCACCCGCCACCGGUACAAUUCGUGUCGCCGUCAGCGACUUACUGGUUGGUGCUCCAGCCGACAGCACAAAGGCCCUGACCUAUACCGUGGGCAAACUGGAGCAUUUCACGGAGUAUCUCUUUCUCGUCUCAGCCUGCCAUGAGCCGCACGACGAACUAGGCAAUCCAGUCUUUCCUGUAAGUGGAUCUACUUAA